CGCUUCCGUCUUCCAGACUGACUAAUUACGAUUCCUUUCUUCUCCCCUUUUUUCUCUCGGCGUGCCCGGGAAAAUGGCGGUUGCGAUGAGAAUGGUUUUGGGCCUACUGACAUUUGUCGCCAUCGGAAUGAUUAUCGGAGCUCUUGUGCAAUUGGCAUUUAUUCGGCAGUUGGAAGAUUCAUAUGGGAUGGAACCCACUUUGAGGGGAUUGCGUGGGAUUCGACAUGCUGUCCAUCCUUUGCCAAUAGGAGUUUCACAUUUGGCUUAUGACAAAGAAGCUCUAAUGCUACGUCUUGGUUAUGUGAAACCUGAAGUACUAAGCUGGUCACCAAGAAUAAUCUUGUUUCAUAACUUUUUAAGUACAGAGGAAUGCGACUAUCUUAGAGGUAUUGCAAAGCCCCGCCUUCAUGUUUCCACCGUGGUGGAUGUAAAAACUGGAAAAGGAAUCAAGAGCAAUGUCAGGACAAGUUCUGGUAUGUUUCUGAAUCCCGAUGAGAGGCGAUACCCUAUGAUACAGGCAAUUGAAAACCGGAUAGCUGUCUAUUCUCAAAUACCAAUUGAAAAUGGGGAGCUCAUUCAAGUGUUAAGGUAUGAGAAGAAUGAGCUGUACAGACCACAUCAUGACUACUUCACUGAUGAAUUUAAUAUAAAGCGGGGAGGUCAAAGAGUAGCAACCAUGCUCAUGUAUUUAAGUGGUGAUGUUGAAGGUGGAGAAACAUACUUUCCAAUGGUACAUCCUUCAAAAGUCUGUUUGGAAAUUUUGAAAUUCUAUAGAUCCUUUUCUCCUUAAGUUUAGAACCAUUAGAAAUAGAAUGAAAAGCCCUCGGUACCUUCACUGUUUGCCACAAUUCAAGCCAGAUCUUGUAAACUGCCCAACAUCUCAGCAUCAUUCUUGCCAAUGAAUUUUCCAACUAUGUUAUCAAGAUGUUAAGAUUGAACAAUAAUGAUUUUGGUGAAAAAGAGGUGUCUAACUAAUCAUGCAUUCCCUAUAUAUACCUGUGUGCACAUGCACUUAAUUGAAGGGGACUUGAUGCUUUAUUGCUGUGUCGGUGGCUUUAGAUGUUUUAUUGGAUUAGUUACAAAGUCAGCAUUAGACUUUUGGGAUAUAUAAUUUUCCCUCAAUUGAGAUACAAACCAGAAAGGGGUUUUUAAAUCAUUAGUGAGACUAAAUUUCAGUUGGACCUACGAAAUAAUUAUUUGAUAUAUUUGGGAUGAUUGUGGGUUUGUUACACUUAAAUUGGCCUUUGGCGUCAAUCCGGGGUUGCAAGGCCUGGCAAAAAGCUGUUAGGGCCAAACAAAAUGACAAGACUAACAGUUGCAUAUGCGCUAGCAAAUUGACCAUAUUGCACUCAUACAAAAUCCGAUUGAGAUGAUUCUACAGAAAGGUAAGAGUUCCCUCUGUAAUUUUCCUUUUGAACGCUUUCCAGGAUUCAGACUUUAUCUUGGUCCAAAAGGUUUUCCAAGUUGAUGCAUCCGCACUAUAUUUUUAAGCUGGGUAUUUUAUUUGGAUUUUGCAUUAAUUUUCACCAACAUGAGUAUCAAUGCACUUCCAAACAAGACCGCCACCUUUGAUUUUGAAGAUCCCAUUAGAUGAAUAAUUACAUUGAAAAUCUUCAAUUUUAAUAUUUUAGGGCUAGGGGAAGGGGUAGACCUAGGAAGACUUGGAAUGAGGUGAUUAGACAUGACUUAGGACUUCUUGCCUUUACUGAGGAUAUGGCCUUAGAUAGGAGCGUUUGGAGAGAUAGGAUUAUAGUAGUUGGCUAGGUGUCUUGAGCUUGGGGGUGUUGUUGUGUGCUUUGUACAACCUUUUACGUUUGGUGCUAUUUGCCAUUUGAUUGCAAUACUCUCGUUUCGUAACAUUACUUUAUUCAGUUUAGUUUUUACUCUAUGUGCUUGCUGCUUGAUUUGAGUUGUACCUAUGCCUUCCUUGCCUUUUGUAUCUACUGUGAUCCUUUUUAUGUGUAGCUCGAGCCGGGGGUCUCAUGGAAACAGCCUCUCUACUUUCGGGUAGGGGCAAGGUCUGUGUACACACACCCUCCACAGUCCCUACUUUUGUGGGAUGCAACUGGGUUGUUGUUUUGGUAAUAUUUUAGGGUUUUAUGCCAUUUUAAUUAGGUUGUAAUCUUUUGUAGUUUUGGGCUUAUCUUAUUUCUCAUUUGAAAGACCAGUUUGAUUAUGGAAAGAGUGUUAUAAAAUUCUUGAGCGGAUUUUAGUUUGAAACUUAAGAAUCUCUCAUUCUCUCAAGUGAGAUUCCUUUCAUUAUCAAGGUUAAUUGCAACUAUCUCGAAGGUUAAUUCCUAGAUCCCAGAAGUCUCAGAAUCAAAUUACCAAUCAAUU